AUGAAGUAUAAAUAUCAAGGUUCAACACGGGUAAAUCGUGCACAUUUGUUAGCUCUUCGGAAGGAGUUUGAAAUGCUGCACAUGAAGGUAGGAGAAUCUGUGAAUGAGUAUUUUGCUCGAACCCUUAGCAUAGCCAACAAGAUGAAACUAAAUGGUGAGAACAAAGAAGAUGUUGAAGUAGUCGGAAAGAUACUGAGAUCUAAGACCCCCAAGUUUCAUUAUAUUGUGUGUUCCAUUGAGGUGUCCAAGGAUACAACCAUCUUAACCAUUAAUGAGUUGCAAAGCAGCCUGCUUGUACAUGAACAACGCAUGAGUUCUCAUGUUGAAGAAGAACACGCUUUGAAUAUCACUCAUGGUGAACAAUCUAGAGGAAGGGGUCAAGGUCGUGGAAGUUUUAGAGGCAGAGGAAGGCGACGAGGCAGACAAACCUUCAACAGGGCCACAGUGGAGUGCUAUAAUUGUCACAAGCUAGGACAUUUUCAAUGGGAAUCUCAAAGCAAGGAGAAAGAGGCAAACUAUGCAGAGACUCAAGAAGAGAUGUUGUUGACGACUUACGUGAAUAUGAAUAAGGCCAAUAGAGAAGAUAUGUGGUUCCUUGACUCGGGAUGUAGCAAUCAUAUGUGUGGGAAGAAGGAAUAUUUUUUCAGAUUUUGA